AUGAAGACUCAUACUUUGCUGAUUACGGGUUCUAAGGCUAAAGAAUUUGCUGCUGAUGUAGCUGCCGUUUUCAAAGGGGUCUUUCAAAAUGACAUCGAUAAGCUUCGUGGUGACGCACCAUUAAGUCUACAUAGCUUGUGUGAGUGCGACUAUUCAUCUCAUCCUGGCUCAUUAGUUGUUCUUACGGUUGGCAGCCUUGACAUGGGAACUUAUGCAGAUUGUGAAAAUGCGAUUUCCAGCUUACUUGUUGAAAGAUGGCAAAAUCCGUCUUUGAAUGCAGACAAGAUCUUCCCAAUUAUAUCACGUAUAGCUUCAUAUACUAUUUGCUUGACGAAUUAG